CUCAACCCGCGAGGGGAAGAAAUUUUCCUAGCUCUGAAAGGUAAUACCCUAGGUGGGGAGUUCAAGGGAAGAGAAAAUUUUCCCUCAACCUGCGGACUCCACACAUACACCUUGAGCAAGGGUCAUGGGAAAGGGAGCAUGUUCGCCAACCUGCAAUGUCUUCCUAGGCCAAGUCACGAGAGGGGAAGAAUUCCCAACCUGCGAGGAAGCCUUGGACUUUACGGGCACGUAGGCAAAUGUUCCUUUCAGCCCACACUCCUUAUGCUUGAAUUUGGCCAAGGGAAGCGAAUCAUUUUCCCACAGCAAUGAACAUGCGGGCAAAACAGCGAAGUUGCCCGUAGGUGUACUUUGUUCUGAGCUUACCCUUGGACAAGGCUUACUGUGGGCGUGUCAAAUGUGGGACUUUAACUUGACAGCUUUCAACUUCCUUCGUGAGUGAAAUCCAAUUGUCCAUUUUGUGGCAGCAGAUACUGACCACCUUUCCUGUCAGUUGUCACUGUGUCAGGCUUCCUUUCACCGAGCUGUCGCCCAUUUUCCUCUUCAAUGGCCUAAUUGUAUUGCAUGCAAUCCAAUGGUUCCCAUUCCACCAGAUUCCACUUAGAAGCCUUCCACUUCGUUUUGUUGCUUCUUCCAUUUCCUUCGGUGAGUUAAAGAGAAAGUCGAGAGUGAGCAACAGAGGUGAAUUAGACAGAGUUUAGAGAAACAGUUAGGUUUUAGGAGAGAAACCCAGGGAGUGGGGUUACGUGUGCGUGCGAGCAGUGCAGUGGGAAGCAUGGCUUCUUCUCGUGCGAGGUUCGACAGAGUCCCCUCGACAAUAAAAAAAAACUCAAGGAGGGAUUGUUUCAGAACCUGUGGAUUCAACCCAGAAAUUGUCCAACGCGGCUAUUGCUACACUGGUGUGUUGCAGAGGAGGAAUCGUUUUCUUUUAGACUUAAGCCUCUCAAGUCAAGCAGCAAGCUUCAAACAGAAGCGUUCCCCUGCUACUGUCAACCAAACGCCUACUGCAAAUAGGAACCUAGCUCAAUGGUUGCAUGUAGUGGAUUCUCUUCAAAACACUACAGUAUCAUCUGCAACUCACUCAACUCUGCAGACGUUGUCAUGGCGUGUUGCAAAAAAUUCUUUGAUGUUUGGGGAUAAAUGGCUCGUGUGUUUCACUUCAGACUUGGUCUCCAUCGAGAAGGAAAUGAGAAACCGCAGGCAGACCUACAUUGGAAGUCUAUGAGGAUCCCAUAAAUCCACAAGUCUGAAUGCAUGACUAUUCCCGUACUCUG